GGCUGCGCUACAAACCGAGAAGCUGCGGGCGAACCUGGACUCAACACACAGAGCACCACACCGCACAACACCGCACAAUACAGGACUUGUACUGAGGGACUAUUGAGGAAGAGUCAAGAUGAAGAGGAACCACGACUUCAGCUCUUCGGACAGCGAACUGGAUGAGACCAUAGAGGUGGAGAAGGAGAGCGCAGAUGAAAAUGGGAACAUGAGCUCUCCCCUUGGCUCCAUGUCUCCAGCCACAUCCACUCAGGUGCAGGCGAGGAAGAGGCGUCGAGGAAUUAUCGAGAAAAGGCGUCGGGACCGGAUCAACAACAGCCUCAGUGAGCUGCGCAGGCUCGUCCCCAGCGCCUUCGAGAAACAGGGCUCAGCCAAACUGGAGAAAGCAGAGAUCCUGCAGAUGACUGUUGACCACCUGAAGAUGCUUCAUGCAGCCGGAGGCAAAGGCUACUUCGACGCCCACGCCCUGGCGAUGGACUACAGGGGUCUGGGUUUCAGGGAGUGCCUGGCGGAGACGGCCCGCUACCUGAGUAUCAUCGAAGGCCUGGACAGCACGGACCCUCUGCGGAUCCGUCUGGUCUCCCACCUGAACAACUACGCCAGCCAGAGGGAGGCUCACUCCGGCCUGAGCCACCUGGCGUGGGGCUCUGCCUUCGGUUCCCCUCCGGCCCACCUCGCCCACUCCCUCCUCCUGCAGCACCAACAGGGCGUACCUCUGGCCCCUCUACCCCGCAGCGCCACCAGCAGCCCGCAGACUCCCCUGUCGUCCACGUCCACGUCGUCCUCCUCCUCGCCGUCGUCCUCCUCGUCGGUGGCAGAGACUCACGUCCCGGGCAGACGCAGCACCAGCGCCACCCCACACUCGGAUCAAGGCCCCAUCAGGGUCCCCCCCACGUCGGUCGCCCCUACCAGCAUCCUGCACCCGGCCCUGGUCCCCUCAUCAGUGUCAAAGCUCUCCCCUCCUCUCCUCUCCUCCCUCUCGGCGUUCCCCUUCCCCUUCAGCGCCUUCCCCCUCAUCUCCCCCGCCACCAUCAGCCCACCAGCGCCAACAUCCAGUGUGGGGAAACCCUACAGACCCUGGGGUAUGGAGAUAGGAGCGUUCUGACUGAGGUGAUCCCCUUGACACACUCUGCAUAGAGACUCUACAGCCGAGCUGGACUUUCAAGGACAAGACUUUUUCGCUUCCCUGCUCAGAAAGCACUAUUUUUUUCUAUGAUCCCACAGAGGACACACAUAGCUGUAGGAUGUUUAUUUUCUUGCUAACGCAUUGUGUAGAAGAGAAAGCAGUGAGAAGGGAGAACCACCGCUAAAAAGCAACAGGAGUGAUUUAUUGUGUUGAUUGAUCUGUGUUCCUGCCCACCCCUUUAGAAGUUACACCCACCGCUGUCAGCCAAUCAGGAAUGGCUUUUCCAGAUGGUCAAGCAGUUGCCGUCCGUCAAGUUCCUGGGUGAAACCGUCCCCCUCCCCUUUGUCCCCCCCCCCCCCCCCCCCGAGCUGAAACAGCCAGUGUUGAUGCCCUGGUUACACAGAGAGGCUGGUGUGAGAGGAGGGUCUGAGGUGCUCUCAGAGUCACCCCCCUUUUUAAAGCAUUUUAUGGGGUGGAAUAACCGAAACCAGGUGUUUGUUUGACUAAAUACUGGGAACAGAAGUUCGCUACCAGCUUGGUUGAAACAAACUUAACCAUGAUUUACCCCUCGACCUCUGAUGCUCGGCUGGUGCUCCAUUGUUCGGGCUCACUUCCUCAACGUAUGGUUCCCCUCUACAGUAAAUUCUCUCCUCAACAAUCCAAGCUUCACAUACGUUUUUACCAGUUUUUUUCUCAUGUAAAUGAUGUUUGGGUGAUUUGUUUAUCACCUCGUCUCUUGUAUCUGCAGCAUCGUCAAUCAGUAUUUACCGAGAGGGAGAGGCAUCACAGCUACACACUUCAGUCUUCUUUUGUCAUUACUGUCUUUAGAGACAUUUAGAAAUCGUAGCCUCUCGUCUCCCCCUGAAAGUUUAACGUGUUUCCUGAUAAACCUCACUGUCAGAUUGUAUAUUUUAUGGUUGUAUAAAAAACACGAGUGAGCACUGACAAAAAAAUAUUUUCAAAGUUGUUGUUGGUGCGAUGACAACUUCCCUGUAAUAAAAGAGUUCUGAUACAUCA